AUUUAGGGGAAAAAAAAAAUUACAAAGGCUAUUAAACGUGCCCUGACAAACAAUUGAAACGACAAUAGCAAAUCUAACCGCGACCCAGUCCCGGUGAUAAUGGCAUCGUCGUCGUCGUCUUCUUCUUCUUCUUCUUCUUCAGCUGCUUCCAGGCUAUCCAGUCUUCAAAGGCACUUGCGUCCCUCACACUCACGCUCCAACAACAAGGGUGCGGGGUUUAUCAAGGUUUCUCCGGAGGUUUCUGAAGCUUUGUCAAAUGGAAAUGCUGUUGUUGCUCUUGAAUCUACUAUUAUUUCCCAUGGGAUGCCAUAUCCACAGAAUCUGGAAACUGCCAAGGAGGUGGAGGCAAAUGUAAGGGAGAAAGGAGCUGUUCCUGCUACUAUUGCAAUUUUAGAUGGCAUACCAUGCGUAGGUCUGAGCAUUGAAGAACUUGCGAGGCUUGCCAAUCUUGGACCCCGUGCUCAGAAGACAGCUCGAAGGGACAUAGCACAUCUUGUGGCUACCAGGGGGAAUGGUGCAACUACUGUUUCUGCAACUAUGUUUAUUGCUUCUCUGGUUGGCAUUUCAGUGUUUGUUACUGGAGGGAUUGGGGGAGUUCAUAGACAUGGUGAACAUACAAUGGAUAUAUCUUCUGAUCUUACUGAACUCGGAAGGACUCCAGUGGCAGUCAUUUCUGCUGGUGUAAAGUCAAUAUUAGAUAUUCCCCGAACACUUGAAUACCUGGAAACACAGGGUGUUUGUGUUGCUGCUUACAAAACAAAUGAGUUUCCAGCAUUUUUCACAGAAACAAGUGGCUGCAAGGCACCUUCUCGUGUAGACAGCCCAGAAGACUGUGCUCGGCUUAUUGAUGCAAACAUGAAACUUAAGCUCGGAACUGGGAUUCUAAUUGCAGUUCCAAUUCCAAGAGAACACUCAGCUUCUGGAAGCUUAAUUGAAUCUGCAAUACAAAAAGCACUUAAAGAAGCUAGGGAUAAGAACAUAACCGGAAAUGCUGAAACGCCUUUCUUGCUUGCGAGGGUGAAUGAACUAACUGGAGGGGCUUCUCUGUCUUCAAACAUUGCAUUAGUGAAAAAUAAUGCUCGUGUUGGUGCUGAAAUUGCUGUAGCACUCACUCAGCUCAGAGAUCAUUGCAAUGAAGGAAUGAUGUACUGAAAGAAUUGCUAAUUGAAACUGCGCUUGCUCGCAACUCCAUGUGAUGUGGAGUCCAUGUCAUAGACCCCCAAAAUGCAUUGUUCUGGACUUGGCAACUAAUCCUACAUGAAGCAACAUUUCCUUUUAUGCUUAUGAUUUUUAACUCAUUUGACCUUUUGGAUUAUAUUGAAAUGAUCAAUGUGUGAGUUUCUAUAUAAUUUUUACAAUUUUCUUACACUUAAUAUAUUUAACCCUAGAAAAAAAAAAUAGAAAUGGCAUUUGUUGA